GUCUCUCAUCUCUACCCUUCAGCGGCAUUCUUUGCGCCCAAAUCGAUUGCAACCAAUUUCUCUGCUAAUCGAUCGACUAUGAAGAACCCUAGUCUCAGCUUUCAGUCGCCUGCUCGAUCUAUAGAGGGAAAGAGGAAGACAUGGAUUCUUUUAAGAGUUUUCUGGGAAUGCUAGCUAAGACAAGAGUGGAAAUCACUUUAGAAAGUUGGAAAGAAUAUCCUCAACCAAGAAGAGAGUUGAUGUGGCAGUAUAUCCUGGCAUUAUUAUUAUUUCACUUCUGACACACAUAUAUUAUCUUAUUGAAGUAAUAAAUUAAUAGAUAUAUAUUUUCUUGUAUGUUUUAGAAAGAGUUUAAUAUUAAAAAUCCAAGUACAGUAGCAAGGGGAAGGACUCUACAGGAUAUAUCAGAGAAGGCGCAAAAUUUUAGAGCUGAGCUUGUUAGGACAUACCUGAAUCCAAAAGGCAUUAAGCAGAAAAAAUAAAGAAAAUGCAUCAAAAAACAAGAACCCACAUCGAGCAGGAUGUGGAGGGUAUAGAAAGGUGAAGAAAAAGAUUCAGAAAGAGAAGCUAUCACAGAUGCCGGUAGAGUUAAGCAAUUCAGGAUGUGUAGUCAACCCUCCUUCACCAGCUCGCCACGAGGUGUGGAUGAGAGCGCGACAGGAUGAGAAGGGUGCUUAUUUGUCAGAGGAGACGUCCAAAAUUGCCAUGACGAUUUCACAAUAUGCAGAUGUGAGAUGACUAUGCUCGAGGAGAGUUCGUAAUUGAUGGUCGAGUGGAUAUAUUGGCAUCUGCACUACCUAAUAAAGAGCACCCUGGUCGGGUUAGGGGUGAGGAAGGGAAUGUUGGAUGGAAAAAAUAUUUAGCAAGCACUAAAUGUCCUGAUAACACAAUGUCUUUAAAAACAAUCGAGGAACUAAAUAUCAAAAUGAAGCAUAUGGAACAAGAGAGGGAAAUAGAGCGACAACAGAAUAAAAUAGAGAUUGAUCGUGUUAGGGAUGAAAUGAGAGCAGAGCUAAAGGCCAGAGAUGAAUUUUUACAGAAGUUGAUGAGACAAAUGAAUGGAACUCCAAAUGUGGAUGAUCAACGUGAGAAAACGAUGACGGUUGAUAGUGUUCAAAUUCCAAGACAGUCAAGCACUACAUCAACCAUUCAGUUUGAGAACAUAUCGCCGUUAGGAUUACGUUCCAGGCUAUACUUGGAUCAUCCUACCCGGCGCCUAGUGGCACAUGGAAGUGUUUAUGGGCAAGGUGUACUGUUCCAUGGCAAACAUUUAAAUGGUGCACAAGCAAGAGUAUCUGUAAAGCGGAUAAUAUCAGGGGAGGAAAACUCAGUGGUACCAUAUGUGACCGAUGAACUUAAAAUGCUAGUAUCAUCCAUUGAUAAUUAUAUAGCAUGGCCAAGAAAUUUGAUUGAAGUGGAUGAGUCUUAUGAGGUUUUCUUGGUGAAGAGAGGUUUAUUUUAAAGUUUGUAGUAUGCUUUGGAUAUAAGAGCUUCAUGUGCUUCUGAUCGAUCAGUAUGUUACGGAGCAAUUGAGAUAAGAGUGAAAAUAAACUAUGUUAAAGUUCACUUUGCAACAGUGGGAAACCUAUUAUAUAUUUUGGCUCGACUUCUAUUUUAGCAAUUAUUAGUUUCUUGGUAAAUUUAUGUUCUCACCAUUUAUGGAGAGGCUUUGGUUUGGUCCUCCCCUCAUGUAUUUUGUUUUAUCUUUUUUAAUAAAACUUGUUUCGUUAU